AUGGGUCUCUUCAAAGUGAUAUUCACGGCAGUUGCUGCCUUGUCAGCCGUGGAUGCUGCUGAGCUGCUGAGCCCUGCGAACAGCAAGGACAUCAUCCCAAAUUUCUACCUUGUUGUUAUGAAAGACUCUGUCUCAUCCGCUGAGUUAGAUUCCCAUGUGUCCUGGGUUACUGACCUCCAUCGUGAGGGUAUUGCCAAACGAGGUACCGAAAACCUGGGUGGUUUCAGACAUUCCUACAAGAUCAACGGAUGGCAUGCAUACAGCGGAUCCUUUGACAGUGAGACUCUUGCAAGCAUUCUUGGCGAUGACAAGGUCGACUUUGUCGAGCACGAUCGCCACGUUUACAUCAGCGGGUUCGUCACGCAAAAGGAUGCCCCGUCCUGGGGACUUGGAAGAGUCUCUCACCGGAUGGACAGCACUCGUGAUUACGUCUACGAUGAAAACGCUGGUAGCGGUAUAACAUUCUACGGCGUUGAUACUGGAAUCGAUAUCCACCACCCUGACUUUGGCGGGCGUGCUGUCUGGGGUAUCAAUGUUGUCAAUGGUACCAAGGACAACGACCGUCAUGGCCACGGAACUCACACAGCUGCCACCGCCGCAGGAAUUGAAUACGGUCUUGCUAAGAAGGCUAACGUUGUUGCCGUGAAGGCUCUUAACGAUUACGGUGCUGGGUUAUGGAGCAACAUUAUGAAAGCUCUCGAGUGGUGUGUUAAUGACGCCCGUGAGAAAGAGAUCCUUGGGAAGGCAGUUUUAAAUCUGUCGAUUAGCGGCGGAAAGGUGGUAGCUGCCAAUCAGGCUAUUACCAAUGCGGCAAAGGCUGGUAUAUUUGUUUCUGUCGCCGCUGGUAACGACAACCAAGAUGCAACGAACAAAAGCCCUGCUUCUGCGGAAAAUGUCUGCUGUGUCGCUGCUACCACUAUCAAAGACGAUAAAGCCAAGUUCUCUAACUAUGGAUCCGUUGUGAAGCUUUACGCACCCGGUCAGGGAAUCACCUCUGCCACGCCUAAUAACCAAACCGGAGUCAUGUCCGGAACCUCCAUGGCCGCCCCCCAUGUUGGUGGUGUUGGUGCUACUCUCAUGGCCUCUAAGGGAAUUGCUCCAUCUGCCGUUUGUGCAGAGCUUAUCAAGAUGGCUUCUGGGCCUGUCCUGAACCCAGGAGCUAACACCACUAACAAGCUUCUAUACAACGGCAGUGGUAAAUAA